AUGUUUUCAGGAAGGAUGUUAAAAACCCUGGAGAGGAUCAGGACAAGAGAUGAAGAUGACAAAGGAUUUGCAAUCGACAAUGAGAUCCAGAGGCUGCCCCCAGAGGUGGCCAACUUCAUGCAGCUGGUGGAGCUGGAUAUCUCCCGCAACGACAUUCCAGAAAUUCCUGAAAGCAUCAAAUUCUGCAAAUCCUUGGAGAUCGCUGACUUCAGUGGGAACCCGCUCUCCAGGCUUCCCGAGGGCUUCACCCAGCUGCGGAGCCUGGGCCACCUGGCCCUGAACGACGUGUCCCUGCAGAUCCUGCCCAGCGACAUCGGGAAUUUGGCAAACCUGGUGACUCUGGAGCUGCGGGAGAACCUGCUAAAAACCCUUCCUACUUCUCUCUCAUUCCUCGUCAAGUUAGAGCAGCUGGAUCUUGGUGGCAAUGACCUGGAAGUGCUGCCGGACACGCUGGGAGCGCUGCCCAACCUGCGGGAGCUCUGGCUAGACCGGAACCAGCUCUCGGCCCUGCCCCCGGAGCUGGGCAAUCUCCGACGCUUGGUCUGCCUUGACGUGUCCGAGAACAAGCUGGAGCAGCUGCCUGGAGAGAUCAGCGGGCUGGCGGCACUGACGGACCUGCUGCUGAGCCAGAACCUGUUGGAGUGCAUUCCCGACGGCAUCGGCCAGCUGAAGCAGCUCUCCAUCCUGAAGGUGGAUCAGAAUCGGCUGACGGAGAUGAGCGAGUCGAUUGGGGACUGCGAGAACCUCUCGGAGCUCAUCCUGACAGAGAACAUGCUGACGGCCUUGCCCAAGUCCCUGGGGAAGCUGACCAAGCUGACCAACUUGAAUGCGGAUCGGAACCGGCUCACCGCGCUUCCGGCCGAGAUUGGGGGCUGCGCCAGCCUGAAUGUGCUGUCCUUGCGGGACAACCGCUUGGUGCUUCUGCCGCCCGAGCUUGCCAGCACCACCGAGUUGCAUGUCCUGGACGUGGCAGGGAACAGGCUGCAGCACUUGCCCUUUGCCCUGACUAACCUCAACCUGAAGGCCUUGUGGUUGGCGGAGAACCAGUCCCAGCCCAUGCUGAAGUUCCAGACCGAGGAUGACGAAAAGACGGGGGAGAAGGUUCUCACCUGCUACCUGCUUCCCCAGCAGCCCUCUCCCAGCCUAGAGAAUCUCCUUCAGAACAGCGUGGAUGACAGCUGGAUGGACACGAACCUGAACCGAGUCAGCGUGAUCCAGUUCCUGGAUGAGCCCAAAGCGGAUGAUGAUGAUGAGGCCGGAGCGGAGAAGAGGGGCCUGCAGCGGCGAGCGACUCCCCACCCCAGUGAACUGAAGGUCAUGAAGAAGGUGAUUGAGGUCCGGCGCAACGAGGCAUAUGCUGCAAAGCCUGAUGUGGACCUGGACUCUCCGAACUCAGAGGAGAAGAGGCUGAGCGCCACGUCCAACCACAGCGAGGACUCGCACGUCUCCAACAGCACUGCCUCUGCCGACUUCAAGGGGGAGGAAGAGAAAGAGGGGGGCAAAGGAGAUGGUUUGCACAGCAGGCAGGGUCCAGAAAUGCGAGAGCUAAACCAGAUGGCCGCUCCCAAGGCUGAGGCGGAGCAGGAGGUGGAGGAGGAGGCCGACCAGGAGGAUGACCUGGAAAUGGAGUACAAUGAGCCCACAGUGCACUUUGCUGAGGACACGCUGAUGCGGAGCGAUGAUGAGGAUGACGAUCGGCCGUUCCCAGUGGAGAAGCAGCGGCUGAUUCGCAAGGACACACCACACUACAAGAAGCACUUCAAGAUCACCAAGCUCCCCAAGCCUGAAGCCGUAGUGGCUCUGCUGCAGGGGCUGAACAGCGACGGGGUCCCCAAAGAGGAGGAGGAGGAGGAGCCGGGUGGCUGCAGUGACGGUGCAGAGCCCGAGGAGACAGAGGAAGCCUGGGACGAGGGCGAUGUCAAGAACGGAGCCGCGUCUACGCAGCCCUCGGUGAAGGGGGUGUCGUUUGAUCAAGCCAAUAAUCUGCUGAUUGAGCCUGCUCGCAUUGAGGAGGAAGAGCUAACACUGACCAUCGUGCGGCAGACGGGGGGGCUGGGCAUCAGCAUCGCGGGGGGCAAGGGCUCCACCCCCUACAAGGGCGACGACGAGGGCAUCUUCAUCUCCCGCGUGUCAGAGGAGGGCCCUGCAGCCCGGGCUGGAGUGCGCAUUGGGGACAAGCUCCUGGAGGUGAACGGCGUGGCCCUGCACUGUGCUGAGCACCACGUGGCGGUGGAGGCGCUGCGCGGCUCGGGCAGCUCGGGCUCUAUGACAGUGCUGCGGGAGCGGAUGGUGGAGCCUGAGAAUGCCAUCACGGUGACACCGCUGCGCCCCGAGGAUGACUACAGCCCGCGGGAGCGGCGGGGCGGCCUGCGCUUCCCGGACCGGCCUGAAGGCACGCCGUCUGCAGAGCGCUGCUCCACCUGCCUCGUGCGCAACGAGAAAGGGCUGGGCUUCAGCAUCGCUGGUGGCAAGGGCUCCACGCCCUACCGGGUCGGGGACACGGGGAUCUUCAUCUCGCGGAUCGCAGAGGGUGGCGCAGCCCACCGGGACGGGACCCUACGCGUGGGAGACCGUGUCAUCUCGAUCAAUGGGGUAGACAUGACAGAAGCCAGGCAUGAUCAGGCAGUAGCGCUGCUUACCGCAUCCUCCCCCACCAUCGUGCUGCUGGUAGAGCGAGAGGGUGCCGAGCAGCUCAGCGAGGGAGACUCGCCCAUGGUGCCGCGGGUGCGUGCCCACUCCCCGCCCCCGCCACCCAGCCAGGGAGACAGCCCCCCCGAGGAGACGCCUCCGCUGCCAAGGAACCACCUGCCCAAGGGCCUGGAGGACCAGUACCCCAUCGAGGAGGUCCACCUGGUCAAGGCAGGAGGCCCGCUGGGGCUCAGCAUCGUCGGGGGCAGCGACCACUCCAGUCACCCGUUCGGGAUCCAUGAACCAGGUGUCUUUAUUUCAAAGGUCAUUUCCCGGGGGCUGGCAUCUCGCAGUGGGCUGCGUGUUGGGGACAGGAUCCUGGAGGUGAAUGGCAUCGACCUGCGGCACGCGACUCACCAGGAGGCCGUGAAUGCUCUGCUCUCCAACAGCCAGGAGCUAACCAUGCUAGUGAGGCGAGACCCUCCGCCCCCCGGCAUGCAGGAAAUCUGCAUUGAGAAGGCACCUGGGGAGAAGCUGGGCAUCAGCAUACGGGGGGGAGCAAAAGGCCAUGCCGGGAACCCCUUCGAUCCAACUGACGAGGGCAUCUUCAUUUCCAAGGUGAGCUCCUCAGGGGCAGCUGCCCGGGACGGCCGGCUGAAGGUGGGGAUGCGGAUCCUGGAGGUGAACCACCAGAGCCUGCUGGGCAUGACGCACACAGAGGCCGUGCAGAUCCUACGCAGCGUGGGCGACACGCUCCUCGUCCUGGUGUGCGACGGCUUUGACCCCAAAGCUGCAGCUGCCAUUGAGAUGUCUCCGGGAAUCAUUGCCAACCCCUUUGCUGCCGGGAUCGGGCGCAAGAACAGCUUAGAGAGCAUCUCCUCCAUUGACCGUGACCUGAGCCCCGAGGAGCUGGAAAUCCUGCAGAAGGAGAUGGAGAUGGUGAGGGAGGCGACUCAGUGGGAGAGAGAAGAAAUGGAGAAAGUGAACAUCACUGGCGAGCCCCUGAGACUGGACUAUCGGACCCUUGCGGCUUUGCCCAGCAGUGGCUUGCAGAGAGUCCCCCGUGCUCAGGAAUUUGGGAGCCUGUCAGCUGCCCUUGUAGUCACCAGCCACCCAGCCCUGCUGGAGAGCUAUUUUUGUAAGUCCUGCCCUGACUCAGGGACUGGAGAAUGUGAUCCAAGCACAGGGCAGGCAGCUGGGCUGGGUGCUGACAGUCCCCGCUUCUCUGGGGAAGGCACUGCCUGGAAACCCAGAGACUCUGCCAGUGGGAGCCUGGGCUCUGCACGUUCCCGAGGAAAGCCCCCUCAGUGUGAUAGAGCCAGCUCCAGAAUGGAGAGCAGCGGCACUGGGCCGUCCCUGCCAGGGGCUCAGGACAGCCAAGACUCCAACCCAGAAACAGCCGCAGGCCUGACCCGCCCUGCCACGGGCGCACCUCAGGACCCUGCCUCACCUGACCAGCACCCCGACAGGGCCGCACCUGUCCUGCCGGGCGUGCAGGAGCUCGCGGGCGGCCCACUGCCCAGCGACCAGCAGUCAGAGACGCAGGAGUGCAUGGUCGACUCUCAGCCCAUCCUCUUCAGUGAGAACCCGUUUGUGGUGGCCAACCGGAGGGGGAAGGCGGCAGGCAAGGCCUGUCUGGGGGGCCCUCCCCUGGGCUAUGGCAGGGGGGGAGUGCUGAAGACCAACCUCUACUCCAAGGCUCCUGCAGGCGAGGCCGGGUCCGGGAGCUCCAGGCGAGAGGCCCCCUACUCCCCCAGCAGCCAGCAGUCACCUGCAGCCCCUCGGCCUGCUCACCUUGCAGGCAGGGAGACUCGCUUUGCUUCCAUCAGCUUCGCGCCAUUGCCAGAUGACAGCAAAGCGACCAAGCCGGGCGUCAUUCAGCCUCUCUCUCGGGUGCGACAGAGCGCUGCCCAGCCCAGUUCGGGGGGCAGGGACAGCCCCAACCCCUUCCAGCUGCCUGAGCUGUGCGCCGGGGUCCCCAACACUCCGCGGGCGCCCUCUCCCCCCUCUCCGGACGAGGUCCCUGUCAAUGUCAAGCAGGCAUACAAGACCUUUGCAGCAGUGCCCCUAUCCCACCCUCUCCUGGAGUCGCAGGAGUUGCAUGGUCAAACGAGCACAGAGAAAUUCAAAGCCACCCACGAGGUGCCAUCGCCUGGGGGGCUGCACAGCCCCGAGCAGCGGUCCUUCCGCGAGAGGCAGAAGUACUUUGAGAUUGAGGUGAAGCAGCAGCAGGUGGAGAAGCCCCCGAAGCGCGUCUCCCUGGUGGGGGAAGACGACCUGAAGAAGAUGAAAGAGGAGGAAGCCCGCAAACUGCAGCAGAAACGGGCCAUGCUGCUGGAGGAGGAGGAGGAGGAAGAGGACGUGGGGAAGCUAAUGCCCGAUAUGAGCAUGCAGUCCACUGUCAUCAUCGAGGGUGUGGAGUACAAGAUCGAGCGGCUGAACGGCAGGAGCCCACAGUCCCCCACAGCUCGGUUUCCCGAGGCCGCUGAGAACAGCAGCUCCCAGAGGAACUCGCUGGAGGAGGGUUUCAGGCCUGAGCAGAGGCCCAACUCCAUGUCUGGGCUUAGCCCUGUGUACCCGGGAGCUGGGGGUGAGCCGGGAGCACCCGUGCGCACAGCCAAGGCCGAGCGGCGGCACCAGGAGCGGCUGCGGAUGCAGAGCCCGGAGCUCCUGAGCAGCCAAGACAAGGAGCUGUCUCCAGCCGAGCGCCGGGCGCUGGAGGCAGAGAAACGAGCCAUGUGGAGGGCGGCCCGGAUGAAGUCCCUGGAGCAGGAUGCCCUCAAAGCGCAGAUGGUGAUUGCCAAGUCCAAGGAAGGGAAGAAGCGCAGCACCCUGGAGCAGCUGGCAGAGUCGCCUUCCCCCGCCCCCACCCCAUCGCCAACGCCUCUGGAAGAUUGCAGCCCCAGGACCGUCACCUCGCCAGGACGCCUGUCGCCUGAUGCAGCCGAUGGCCUCAGAUACGUGGAUGACGUGAACAGCUCGGUCCCCCAGGAGCAGGACGGGCAGCCAGAGGAAGAGGAGCUGUUAGUAACGCGUGACCCGUCGGCGCCCAACGCCUCCGCACUCGAAGAUGUGGCUCUGUACAGCAGCAAGCGCAAACUGCGGCACGGCCGGCGCAGCCUGGAGGCUGCCGUCCCCACAUAGAGCAUCUGGCGCCCCUGAGCAAUGGGACGGGCCGGCACCGGGCUCGCAACCUUCCUGGGCUCUGCCAACAGUGCUGGCCUGGGCCCCGCAGCUGCCCCCGGCGCGGGACGGGACCCAGGAGCCCGGCAGCAGCGUGGUUAACUGACUUCCUUGGAGGCUGUGAACGUCCCUUUGCUCUCGGCCCGCAGCGCGCUGGGGCACGGGCUGAACAAAGACAGCGCUGGAGGCGCGUGGCGCAGACAGGGCAGAAGGCAGUGGCAGUGUUAGCUGCCACUGUGCAGCGUGGGGGGGUUGUGUGGGGUGGUUUGUGGGGGGCACUAGCUAUUCUCCCCUGAGGAAGUUUUAACCGUGAAUCCAGGGCUUGCAUUGGGAGACGAAGCAGCAGGCACCACCAGCCUUUGCUCCUGUUAAGUUUUGCAUAGUUGGCAAAAAAACUCCGUCUCCCCGCCCUCCCCCCACGGACCUGUCACUGGGCCUGGGCGAGCUCGGCAUGGCCGACAGCACCGAGUGAAGCGCCGCUCUUGAAGCCUGUGCGCCCGAGGGGGAGGGCAGAGAGGGGGUGUGCUUGGGGGUGUGUGGGUGCCUCUGCCCUCAUGGGGAUGCAGCUGCUCCAUGUCACUUGCCUCUGUGAGCGCAGCCACCUGGUCCUUGCGCGCCCUCCAGCCUGUGCCCUUCUGGGUGCCAGCACCGUGUCCGGUGCAGCACGGGCAUGCACCCUGCUGUGCAAACCUGCGUGCCACUGGGCUUUGUCCGGUGUGUGGAGAGUGUGUGACUGUGCUGUGGAGAGGCCGUGAGCAGCUGUAUCGAGGGGAUAGUGUGUGCAUGUGGCUGCAGUAAGGCAGAGUAGCGGGGGGCUAGGAUGUGACAGAUAUGUGGCAUAAAAGGACCAGCAGAAGAUGAGGUUUGGGG